GGCGAGCGAGCGGUCGGGAGUACGUAGUUCCGCCUCCCGGCGCGGCGCGGCGCGGCGGUAGCGCGCAGUCCCUAGAUCCCCUCCUCGCCGGCGCACAGACUGCCAUGUGGCGCGGAGUCGCGUAGUCUGCUGCGGUGCGGUGCUGCGUGGUCGUUACUUGAUUCAAACCGGCAGCGCGUAUCGGAUAUUCCACACCUGGAGAUAUUCGACCCCGAACUCCGGAGUUGAGUGAGAAGAGAGCUUCCCACAUAAAGGGGUUUGCCGAUAUUGGUCUCUACACAUCGUGUUGGUCAUAGUGGCCAACCUGAUAAUCCACUCCCAGUUGGCCAACCUCACCGUCAUGAACAAAGUGAAGGAGGAUGGCGAGGAGCCGGGCACGGAGAUGGACGUGUUCCUGCCCAGGGACGGAUCCCACUUCGGCGACAACCAGCACUCCGCCUCGUACGACGUGACGGUGGUGCCCAGGAAGACGCGCGACCCGGAGGCGGACCGCCUGAACGCGGACAAGGGAGCCUUCGACCCAUUCGCCAGCCGCAAGAGCGACCACCUCACGACGGACUGCGAGACGCUGACCCACCUGCUGAAGGCCUCGCUGGGCACGGGCAUCCUGGGCAUGCCCAUGGCCUUCAAGAGCGCGGGCCUGAGCAUGGGCGUGCUGGCCACCAUCGUGGUGGGCGUGGUGUGCGCACACACCUCCGCCAUGCUCGUCAACUGCGCGCACAGCCUGUACCACCGGCUGCGGGUCUCCGCGCUCAGCUUCGCCGAGGUGGGCGAGGUGGCCUUCCUCAACGGGCCGGAGUGGGGCAAGAAGUUCUCCCUGGCGGCGCGUUUGACCAUUCUAAUUGGUCUGUUUUCUACAUAUUUCGGGACUUGCAGUGUGUAUACUGUCAUCAUUGGAAAUAAUUUUCAACAGGUGAUCGAGCACUACAGCUCGGUGGCGCUGGACGAGCGGGUGUACAUCGCGGCGCUGCUCGUGCCGCUGGUGCUGCUGUCGUGGGUGCCCAACCUCAAGUACCUGGCGCCGCUCUCCAUGCUCGCCAACGCGCUCAUGGGGGUCGGCCUGGGCAUCACAAUCUACUACCUGGUGGUGGACCUGCCGCCGCUCGCCGACCAGACGCACUUCGGGCCCGUGUCGGGGCUGCCCGUCUUCCUGUCCAUUACCAUCUUCGCCGUGCAGGCCAUCGGGGUGGUGAUGCCCCUGGAGAACAGCAUGCGGCACCCGAAGCACUUCGUGGGGGCGGUGGGGGUGCUGAACCGCGGCAUGGCGGGGGUCACGCUCAUGUACAUGGUGCUGGGCUUCCUGGGCUACCUCAAGUACGGCGAUAAGGUGCAGGGCAGCAUCACGCUCAACCUGCCCAGCGACCAGAUACCAGCACAGAUUGUGAAGAUCGCUAUUGGCCUGGGCAUCUUCUUGACCUACGGCCUCCAGUUUUUCGUCUGCCUGGAGAUAGCGUGGAACGGCGUGAAGGAGAAGUUCCAGUCGAAGCCCCGACUGGCGGAGUACGUCGUCAGGACGAUCCUCGUGAUCCUGACCGUACUGCUGGCGGUGGUGGUGCCGACCAUCGGGCCGUUCAUGGGCCUCAUCGGGGCGCUGUGCUUCUCCAUCCUCGGCAUCAUCGUCCCGCCCGUCAUCGAGAUAGUCACCUUCUGGGAGGACGGCUUCGGCUACGCCUACUACCGCAUCUGGAAGAACGCCCUCGUCAUGCUGUUCGGGGUGUUGGCGCUCCUGUCCGGCUCCUACAUGAGCAUCCUGGACAUCAUAUCCGUGUACAGCCCCCCGCCCCAGUGACCCCCCCAACGACCAUCCGAGAGACCAUCUCGCUGCGCAAAUAUCUUGUUACAAGAUUGGUACUAUACAACUUGCAUCAAGUGACUAGUAUAAUUUAUGCAAAAGGAUUUGGGACACUGAUGUGCCUUUAAAAUUAUUGUAAAAAAAAAAAGUUGGUUUGAAAUAAAUUUUUUUUGUUUUGUUUGCUAUUUAA